CGUGUUCACGCGCACCACCCGGGCAGGAGGCAUCAUCCCCAUUGUGGUGUGUUGAGUUAUUGCGCUCCGGAGCAGCAGCACCGCUCGUGAGGAUGCGGUGGAAGCUAUCAUAAUAUUUCUACAGAAAGAAAAAACAGGGGGAAACGUUUGUGGGGCAGCUUUCGUUUGGACGCGCACGUUUUCAUCCGAGCGUGUGUUUUUGUUGUUGUCUACAUCUCCCCUUUUCCAUGCACGCGCCCCCAUCGUCAACCUGCUGGGGGCCUAGAAGCGCAGCAGCAGCACCCGGCUUUUAUGAAUGGGAUGCUCGGUUCCCAGGCUGACUGAAUUUAAGGAGCAUCAAUAUUCCCUCCAAGGUCUCCAACCAGCUCCACAUUCAAGGUCUGGAAGCUCCUCAUCGGCUGACUGACUCUUUUUUUCUUACCUCUUCGGGCAAAACCUAAACCGGCGCCAUGCCCAUCUUGAAACAGCUCGUGUCUGGCUCCUCCCAGACCAAGCGCCGCUCGCGCAUGGACCUGACCCGGGAGAUGAUCAGUGCUCCGCUGGGCGACUUCCGCCACACUAUGCACGUGGGCCGCAGUGGCGAUGCCUUCGGAGACACCUCCUUCCUCAGCACCCGCUCGGGGGAACCUCCGCCCGACACCACGUCCUUCCCCCGCUCCCCCCGACCCGGCCUCCUGUCUCGCACCUUCAGGAGCAGCAAACGCUCCCAGUCGGUGACCAGAGUGGAUCAGCACGGCGACGGCGGCCUGGUGCUCCCGGGCGGGUCGCCGACCUACGUGAAGAACGCCAUGUCUCUGCCCUUCCUCAACGACGAGGGCCGAGGCGACGUCAUGGGGGCGAAGAGCCUGUCCUCGUCUCCGUUCAGGCAGCAGCAUGGCGAGGUGGGGGGCGGGGGGGCGGCGGCCGCAGCCACUCACUUCCUGGAACUGGAGGAGAGGGACUUUGGCGAGCUGACUGAGCUUCCGGAGAGCUCCUAUCACUGCGGGGGAGGCAUGAAGCACGCCGUGUCGGUGAUGUCCUUCCACGUGGACCUCGGGCCCUCCAUGCUCGGCGACAUCCUGGGGGUGAUGGAAAAGGAGGAAGACGACCUGGGCUACGAGGAGGGCAAGAGCAGCGAGGGCCGUGCGUCACCGCCCCUCAGCACGCACGGCGAGGACGAGGACAGCAUGGAGAAGGGGCAGGACGAGGAUACAGAGGAGCAGAUGGAGAUGGAGGUGGAGGCGGAGGUGGAGGCCGAGCUGCAGCGCUCCGUGCACCCGCCCAGGGCCAUUGACAGGCAGCCUGAGGACGGAGGGCCCUACACCCCGCCGCAGUACACCCCCGAGACGAGGCCCAAACACUUGCAGCAUCUAGACAGCUGCUCCGUGUCCAGCUCCGGCUCGGCUGCCCUGGAUGAGAAGCCACACAGUCAGACCUACGCAGGAGACACCGACAGCGCCACCUUCAGCGCCCCCCCAGAGGAGGAGAGCAACUUCUCCUCGUUCCUGGAGGACGAAGAUGACGAGAUCCGCGUGUGAGAUCUCAAAGCUGACGGAAAAAAAGUAGCACAGAGCUCUUGGAGGGGGGGGGGGGGGUUGUGUGGAACUAGCAAGUUCUCUUGACGGAGUGGAUUUACACUUGGAAGACACCGUGGUCGUCUGCUGUGGGACUGGGACCGGGGAAUGGGAAUUUGUGACACGGGAGGCUUGCUGUGUUCGUCUGUGAGGGCUGUGCCUGCUCCUGGAGGAUGGGCCAAACUCCGUCUGUCGGAGAGAGCCUCACCCUCCACUGUGUGUCAAUCCAUCUCUCCCUGCUGAACACUCAGAGAAGUGACAUGGAAGAGCAGCCGCUUUAUUUUCUUCUUUUUAUGAACAGGGAACAUUCCAGCCGUGCGCUGGGAGGAACAGGAUGGAAACUAACUUUUUUUUUUUUUUUUUUUGUAAAGAAA